AUGGCUUUCACUGGUUUUGCUGCAACGUUACUACCGAAUGGAAAAACAACAUAUAAAACUUUAGGUUUGCCCAUGCCUCUUUUUGCUGACUCAACAUCGAAUAUAAAAAUUCAAUCAAAAGAAGCUGAAUGUUUGAAGAAAACAGAUGUUUUUAUUUGGGAUGAAGCACCAAUGGCACCGCGAUAUGCUCUUGAAGUGAUGGAUCACCUUUUGCAAGAUUUAAUGCAAAAUAAUCUAAAAUUUGGUGAUAAAAUUGUUAUUCUUGGUGGGGAUUUCAGACAAUUAUUGCCAGUACAACAAAACGUUACACGGUCUAAAAUUAUUUGGGAAAUGGUACUUUGA